AUGGCUAUCGCCCAUCUGGCCACCGAGUACGUGUUCUCGGACUUCUUGCUGAAGGAGCCCUCGGAGCCCAAGUUCAAGGGGCUGCGGCUGGAGCUGGCGGUGGAUAAGAUGGUCACGUGCAUCGCCGUGGGUCUGCCCCUGCUGCUCAUCUCGCUGGCCUUCGCGCAGGAAAUCUCGAUCGGUACCCAGAUAAGCUGUUUCUCCCCAAGUUCCUUCUCCUGGCGGCAGGCUGCCUUCGUGGAUUCGUACUGUUGGGCUGCCGUUCAGCAGGCCUCCUUGCAGGGCGAUGCCGGACGCCUUCCGCUGUGUCUGCAUAAGUUUUUCCCCUACAUCCUGCUGCUGGUGGCCAUCCUCCUGUACCUGCCCUCCCUGUUCUGGCGUUUUGCAGCUAUUCCUCAUCUUUGCUCAGAUUUGAAGUUUAUCAUGGAAGAACUUGAUAAGGUUUACAACCGCUCAAUUCAAGCCGCAAAGAGCAUGUAUGAUGAUCAGGACGUGAGAGAUGGUGCCGGCCCCAUUCCGGGGCUUCCUGAGAACAUGGGGCAAAGUUUGUGGGAGAUCUCUGAAAGCCAUUUCAAGUACCCGAUUGUGGAGCAGUACUUGAAGACAAAGAAGAACUGUAAGAACUUAGUCAUCAAGUACAUCGGCUGCCGGUUGCUGACGCUCAGCAUCAUACUGUCCGCGUGCGCCUACCUGGGCUAUUACUUCAGCCUCUCAUCGCUGUCUGACGAAUUUGUCUGCAACAUCAAGUCCGGGAUCCUGAGAAAUGACAGCACCAUCCCCGAUCGCUUUCAGUGCAAGCUCAUCGCCGUCAGCGUCUUCCAGUUGCUCAGCCUCAUCAACCUCGUGGUUUAUGUGCUGCUGGCCUUCGUGGUCAUCUACACGCUCUUCGUUCCCUACCGACAGAAGACAGACGUUCUCAGGGUGUAUGAGAUCCUGCCCACUUUUGAUGUCCUGCAUUUCAAGUCGGAGGGGUACAACGACCUGAGUCUCUACAACCUCUUCUUGGAGGAGAAUAUAAGUGAGCUCAAGUCCUACAGGUGUCUGAAGGUACUGGAGAAUAUUAAAAGCAGUGGCCAGGGCAUCAACCCAGUGCUCCUCCUGACUCACCUUGGCACGAUCAAGAUGGAUGUCAUGGAUGGCAAGAGACCGGAGCCUGUGGAAAUGACGACAGAGGAGCCAGGGGACCCGAUGACGGAGCUCAAAGAUUUGAAUGGACCCAGUGAAAUUAAAGUAAAUAACGGAGAGACGAAUGCUCGACAGAGACUUCUGGAUUCUUCCUGCUGA